AUGGAGGACGAGAAAGGCCUUGAUCUGAGCUUGGGGCUGCCUUGUGGUGGAAAUAGUUCUUCUUCGCAGAAGAUUAAAUAUGGCAGCUCCUCAGAUAUGAAGUCAGAUGAAGCUGAUAGAGGUAGCAAAUUGAUCAACGAGUUCAAAAAUUUUCUAGAAGGUGGUAAUAACCAACAGCAUCCGAUAAUAGUCGGGGAGAAGUUCUAUAAUAACAGCUUUGGUAAAUCUGCUGCCGAUUUAGAAACUUCUAGAAAUUCAAAUACUGGAGGAGGAAUAUGGUUGACAAAUGAUAGCAGGUCAACUGAAUUUGUCGAAGAUAAGAGAUCAAGUGUUGGUGAGAAGCGCAAACACUUGUUUAUCGAGACAAACCAAGAAAAGAAGCAUGAGAAAGAUGCAACUAGUUUUGUCGAUUUGACUGAUAAAUCCAAAACAUCGCAUAUUUCCAUAACCACUGAUGAGGGAUCGACUGCAGACAAUGAAGAUGUAGCAGAAUCUGAAGUAGAUGGCUCGACUUCCGGGCAUAUUCCAAGUGGUAGCUCGGAAAAGAAUUUUAAUGUGAUGAAUAUGCCUAUGGCUUACAGUACUGUUCCUCUCCGAGGACAACCAGUAAGCAUGAACACGAACACGUUAAGCUCUCAACCAAUGAAGGACUCGAAUAUUGGUGGUACUCCUGGUAAUUUUUCGUUAAUGUUUGGGUACAAUCCUGUCCAGCUACCAUCUCUGGAUAGGGAUAAUUCUAAGGGCAAUAUUUGUCAUCACCAAGAAAUGCACCACCCGACUUAUUCCGGAAGGAACUCACUCAAUCACGACACUCAGAAUGAGAGUCGAAAGAUCACCCAAGGGAUUAUUCCGCACAAGGCAACUGAAUCUACUCCAUCUUCUCACACAGGAGGAGGAGAUGCGAAAGGGUAUAAUCAGGUGAGAAAAGAUGCACCCGAUCAAUCUAGAGCAGCAGCAGCAGAGCCGAUUCCGGGUGAAUUUCCUGCCAUAAGGCCCGGUAUUGCAGGGGAAGUAAAAUUUGGAGGUUGUGGGUCCUACCCGAACUUGCCAUGGGUUUCUACUACGGGCCAAGGCCCGAAUGGGAGGACAAUAUCUGGGGUGACGUACAGGUUUAGCCCGACCCAGAUAAGGAUAGUUUGUGCUUGCCAUGGUUCUCAUAUGUCUCCUGAAGAAUUUGUUCGCCAUGCGUCUGCUGAAGAAACCCAUUCUCCAGAUGCUUUAACAUCAUCGUUGCCGAGUAGCAACCCUGCAGCCUCGGCUCAAAGUUGA